AUGGAGUCCAACUGCUCCAUAGACCUGUGGGAGGAACAGCUGGACGUGUUCAAUUUCAGCAACACGUCGUUCCUCGACUUGGACGAACUAGACUCGACGUUCACGUGGAAAGAGUACCUCAAGAUGAGUGUCUACCUUGUGACUAUAGUGGCUGCGCUGGUGGGCAACUUCGCGGUCAUCGUGACCGUGGUGACCAACCGCGUGAUGCGCACUACCAUCAACUACUACCUGCUCAACCUGGCUGUUGCUGACACACUCAUAUGCAUCUUCUGCAUGUGGGUUCACUUCGUCAACAGCCUGUCCACAUUCUACGUGCUCGGCUCAUUCAUGUGCCGCUUCGAGGGUUUCGCAAAAAGCGAGUGGCUUCCCGGGCUACAGCAGUUGAACUACGCCUUCGCUAACGGCAUACGCGCAGUGGCGGGCGAUACGCGGGUUAGGACGCUUCUCUACUGCAUGAAUCUCCGGGCACGCGUCAUCGUCAGUUCGCUCAUGUCCGAUGAAAACGCUUUCAAGUCGUACGUGGAAGUCACCCAGCGGCUCACAAGCUACUUCGUGCACCCAGUAAACGAGGUGUACGAGAGUUCUCGCUUCCACAAGCGGUCGCAACAGUCCAGCGAGACAGUCGAUAGUUUCUUCACGACCCUGCGAAACAUGGUACGCAAGUGCAAUUAUCCGUCGCCUGCUGUUUAA